AUGUCGACGCGUAAGGCAGUAGAUCAGCGGAUUCCCGCUCUCAUUCGCAAUGGCAUCCAGGAGAAGAAGCGCAGCUUCUUCGUGGUUGUCGGUGACCGUUCCAAGGAUGUCAUAGUUCACCUUCACUACAUCAUGUCCCAAGCGGACAUCAAGCAGAACAAGUCUGUCUUGUGGGCAUACAAGAACAAGCUUCUCGGCUUCACCAGUCACCGCAAGAAGCGCGAGACCAAGAUCAAGAAAGAAAUCAAGCGAGGCAUCCGCGAAGCCAACAACGAGGACCCCUUCGAGCUCUUCGUUUCCCUCCACAACAUCCGAUACGUCUACUACAAGGAGACCGAGAAGGUACUGGGAAACACCUUCGGCAUGUGCAUUCUGCAAGACUUCGAGGCCAUGACGCCCAACAUCCUCGCCAGGACGAUCGAGACGGUUGAGGGAGGUGGUCUGGUGGUUCUUUUGCUCAAGGGUAUGAGCAGCUUGAAGCAGCUGUACACCAUGUCUAUGGACAUCCACUCGAGAUACCGUACCGAGGCUCACGACGAUGUUGUUGCCCGCUUCAACGAGCGCUUCAUUCUGUCGCUGGGUAGCUGCGACUCCUGCUUGGUUAUUGACGACGAGCUGAACGUCUUGCCCAUUUCCGGCGGUAAGAGCGUCAAGGCCUUGCCAGCGGCGGAGAACGACCAGCCCAAGACGGCCGCACAGGUGGAGCUAGAGGAGAUGAAGGAGUCACUUCAAGAUACCCAACCAGUCGGCUCCCUGGUUACCCUGGCGAAGACGGUCGAUCAGGCCAAGGCGCUUUUGACUUUUGUGGAUGCUAUCGCGGAGAAAACUUUGAGGAGCACAGUGACUCUUACGGCUGCCAGAGGUCGUGGAAAGUCUGCUGCUAUGGGUGUGGCUGUUGCGGCUGCUGUUGCCCACGGCUACAGCAACAUCUUCAUCACUUCUCCCUCACCCGAGAACUUGAAGACGCUGUUCGAGUUCGUCUUCAAGGGCUUCGAUGCGCUCGGCUACGCGGACCACGCCGACUACUCGAUUAUCCAGUCCACGAACCCCGACUUCAACAAGGCCAUUGUCAGAGUCAACAUCCACCGCGCCCACCGUCAGACUAUUCAGUACAUCAGGCCACAGGAUGCGCACGUUCUUGGACAGGCUGAGCUCGUCGUCAUCGAUGAGGCCGCUGCCAUCCCUCUGCCCCUGGUGCGCAAGCUGAUGGGCCCCUACCUCGUCUUCAUGGCGUCCACCAUCAACGGUUACGAAGGAACAGGUCGUUCGCUGUCCCUGAAGCUCAUCAAGCAGCUGAGAGAGCAGUCAAGACCUGGGGCCAAGACCAACGGCGAGACAGAGGUUGCAGACCGGUCCACAGGCAAGGCCGCAAAGGACCAGGCCUCGAGCCUUCAGGGCAGUCGCACUCUUCGCGAAAUCACUCUGUCUGAGCCCAUCAGAUACGCUCAGGGUGACUCAGUCGAGAAGUGGCUGAACAAGCUUCUGUGUCUGGACGCCACCCUUCCCAAGGCCAAGGCCAGCAGCCAGGGAUGCCCCGACCCGUCUCAGUGCGAGCUCCUCAAGGUCAACCGCGACACCCUCUUCUCGUUCCACCCCAUUCCCGAAAAGUUCUUGCAGCAGAUGGUGGCACUUUACGUUGCCAGCCAUUACAAGAACUCACCUGACGACCUUCAACUAAUGAGCGACGCCCCCGCCCACGAACUCUAUGUGCUUAUUGCCCCGACAACAGACGGCAAGCUCCCUGAGCCGCUGUGUGUUAUUCAGGUUGCGCUGGAAGGAAAGAUCAGCAGGCAGAGCGUCAUUAACAGCUUGAGCAGAGGACAAAGGCCUUCUGGUGACUUGAUCCCCUGGCUCGUCAGCCAACAGUACCAGGACGACGAGUUCGCCUCUCUUUCCGGUGCCCGUGUCGUCAGGAUAGCCACGAACCCCGAGUACGUGUCUAUGGGCUACGGCACCAAGGCUCUCCAGCUUCUUACCGAUUUCUACGAGCAAAAGUUCACGAACCUCUCGGAGGAUGCUGAUGUGGGCAUGGAGGAGACGUUGACGAGAGUGACCGACGCAGAGCUGGCCAACACUUCUCUGCUCGCGGAUGACAUCCAAGUCAGAGACAUCAAGAAACUGCCGCCCCUGUUUGCCAGAUUCUCCGAGAUUAGGCCUGCAGCUCUGGACUAUGUCGGUGUCAGCUACGGCUUGACGCAACCUCUCCACAAGUUCUGGAAGCGCGCCAACUUUGCCCCUGUCUACCUUAGACAAACCGCCAACGACUUGACUGGCGAGCACACGUGCGUCAUGCUCCGGCCUUUGGAGAGCACCGCAGACCAGACAUGGCUCGGCGCCUUUGCGAGGGACUUCCAGCGUCGUUUCCAGUCUCUGCUGUCCUACCAGUUCAGAGACUUCCAGUCCAUCGUCGCGCUUAGCAUUGACGAAUCCGCCAAUACUGGUGCCAAGCUCGAUGGCACUGAGCCCACAGCCCUGACAAAGGUCGAGCUCGACAGACUGUUGACGCCCUUCGACCUGAAGCGUCUCGAGUCGUACGCCAACAACAUGCUUGACUACCACGUCAUCCUUGACCUUGUCCCUACGCUUGCCGGCCUCUACUUCACCGGUAAGCUCAAGGCCAACAUCAAGUUGACGGGCGUGCAACAGGCUAUCCUGCUGGCCAUUGGUCUGCAGCGCAAGGACAUGGACGCCAUCUCUCAGGAGCUGUCUCUGCCAAAUUCCCAGCUGUUGGCCAUGUUCAUCAAGAUUCUUCGCAAGGUCACGUCUCACUUCAGCACGCUUGUGACCGCCGCUGUUGAGGCCGAGCUUCCCAAGAACGCCAUUGGCGUCAGCAGGGACAACGCUUCUGGAGCUCACGACGAUGAAGUCGUGGACCAGAGGUUCCAGCCUCUUGAGACUUCUCUCGAGGAUGAACUCGAGGAGGGAGGAGAUGAGGCUCUGCAGAAGCUCCGCAAGAAGCAGCGUGAGCUCAUUGACUCCCUUCCCCUUGACCAGUACGAAGUCGACGGCGAUGCUCCCGCUUGGGCGGAGGCAGAGCAGGCGGUCAAGGACGGCAAGUCUGGUGUAGUAAGCGUCAAGACUAGCAAGUCGAAGCGCAAGGCCGGGCCUUCGGCGGCAGACGUCUACGAGGAGGCCUUCGGGGACAAGUCCCACAAGAAGGCGAAGAAGCACAAGAAGGACAGGAGCUGA